UAUAUAAUCUCACAUCGAGCCUCUACUCGCGAUAUUUCGCUCUUAUUGUGUACAACGAACAAAUAACUUCCAUUCUUAUUGCCAUACACUGAAAGCCGCACCGUUGGUCGAGCUUGCGAGCUUUACAAACGCCGAAAUGGAACAUAAGGACGGAAAAUACGAUAAGGAGCACCCGAAAAAUCUCAUCCCCGAACUUUGCAGGCAGUUUUAUCAUCUUGGAUGGGUCACUGGAACAGGAGGUGGGAUAUCCAUUAAACACGAGGACAAAAUAUACAUUGCCCCAUCUGGAGUGCAAAAGGAACGAAUUGUGUCGGAUGAAAUGUUCGUCCAAGACAUCAAAGGAAACGACUUGGAAAUGCCACCUCUCGAGAAGAAUUUGAAAAAAUCACAGUGCACGCCGCUCUUCAUGUGUGCCUACACUGCCAGGAAUGCUGGAGCUGUCAUUCACACCCACUCCAAGUUUGCUGUGAUGGUGACUCUACUUUGGCCAGGAACAGAAUUUCGUUGCACCCAUCUUGAGAUGAUCAAGGGAAUUCGCAACCAAAAAUUAAACAGAGCAUUGAGAUAUGACGAAGAAUUGGUGGUUCCCAUCAUUGAAAAUACACCUUUUGAAGAAGAUUUGAAAGAUCACAUGGCACAGGUCAUCGAAGAGUAUCCAGAAACCUGUGCAGUUCUUGUACGAAGACAUGGAGUUUACGUUUGGGGAGAUACGUGGCAACAAGCAAAGACAAUGACUGAGUGCUAUGACUAUCUAUUCGACAUUGCUGUGCAAAUGAAGACUAACGGUUUGGAUCCACUCAUGACUCCCGAGCAACACGAGCUCAAGUAUCAAUUAAAAAGCACACAGGUCUAAAAUUUGUAACCAUGUACAAAAAAAAAGUGCUAUUC